GUAGUUAUUGCCGGGCCAUAGAUUUGUAGUCAAAGAUAUAAAUGAAUUGAUCAUGAGAAUAGUAUAUUGAAAUAUUUACUAUUUAUCAAUUCUAUAUAUCAUAUUUUUUUUUAAACAAAUUCAUUCCUUUAUAAGUGAUUACAUUCGUUCUAUUUAUGAUCAAUGAUUUCUAUUCUAAUAUUGGAUGAUAUCGAAUAAGUUAUAAUCAUAGUGGAAGUUUUUCAAAUAAUUCAGGCAAAUGAAUAAAAAUGAUUCCAUGAGUAGAUAUGGACCUCUCGUCGGUGCAAUUGAUGAAGGCACGAGUAGUGCUAGAUUUUUGGUAUUUGCUGCAGAGACAGCUGAAAUAUUAACUUAUCACCAAAUUCCAAUCAUUACUUUUUAUCCAAAGGAAGGAUGGGUUGAACAAGAUCCUAUGGAAAUAUUAAAUGCAGUUAAAGAAUGUCUUCGUCAAACUGUAUUUAAUUUACAACAAUUGACUAUAGAUCCAACUGAUAUAGUUGCUAUUGGGGUGACAAAUCAAAGAGAAACGACAAUCGUAUGGAAUUCUGUUACAGGAAAACCAUUGUAUAAUGCAAUCGUAUGGAUGGAUAUGAGAACUACUUCUAUGGUAGAUGAAAUGUUAGAUAGAUUAAAGACAAAAAAUAAGAAUUAUCUGAAGUCUUUAUGUGGUUUACCUAUCAACCAUUAUUUUAGUGCUUUAAAAUUAAAAUGGUUACUGGAAAAUAUACCAGAAAUACAAGAAGCAUUAGCAAACGAACAAUGUAUGUUUGGGACAGUAGAUACUUGGCUAAUUUGGAAUUUAACUGGAGGAGUAAAUGGUGGUGUUCAUACUACAGAUGUUACAAAUGCUUCAAGAACUAUGCUUAUGAAUAUUAGAACUUUAAAAUGGGAUCCAAGACUAUUGUCAUUUUUUGAAAUACCAUCAUGUAUUCUGCCACAAAUUCGAAGUUCGUCAGAAAUUUAUGGAUAUAUCCAGGGUAAUAUUCUUCACGGUGUACCAAUAUCUGGAUGUUUAGGAGAUCAACAAUCAGCACUUGUAGGUCAAUUAUGUUUUCAAAAAGGACAAGCUAAAAGUACAUAUGGUACUGGGUGCUUUCUUUUAUAUAAUACAGGCAGUGCUAUUGUAGAGUCAUCUCGGGGUUUAUUAACCACAGUUGCAUAUCAAUUUGGUCCAAAUACACCACCAACGUAUGCUCUUGAAGGUUCUAUAGCAUUUGCUGGAGCUAUUAUUAACUGGUUAAGAGAUAAUCUUGGAAUGUUAUCAUCCGCAGAAGAAAGUGAAGUUAUAGCAGGAAAGAUUUCUGUUGAUAAUCACGUCACUUUUGUCCCUGCAUUUUCAGGUUUAUAUGCGCCAUAUUGGAAAAAAGAUGCCAGAAGUGUUAUAUGUGGACUCACAGAAAGAUCAACAAAAGCUCAUAUUAUAAAAGCAGCUUUGCAAUCUGUAUGUUUUCAAGUAAAAGAUAUUUUAGAAACCAUGAAAAACGAUGCAGGAAUAACAUUGUCCAAAUUAUUAGUAGAUGGUGGCAUGAUUAAUAAUAAUUUAUUAAUGCAAAUGCAAGCUGAUAUUGCUGGGAUUCCAGUGAUUAGGCCAAUAAUAGCUGAAACAACUGCACUUGGAGCUGCAAUUGUUGCAGGUAGUGCUGAAGGUAUACGUAAAUGGAAUAUAAAAGACUCAUUUAUACCUACUGACGUCUUUUUGCCUUCUAUAACUGAGGAUGAAAGUAAUAUCUUGUAUUCACAAUGGAAAAAAGGUAUUAAAAGAAGUAUAGGAUGGAGUAAAGCCAUUGAAACAGAUGAUGAUGAUUUUAUGAAAUGCAUGCAUAAAAUAACAGGACCUGGUUUAUUUAUAAUUAGUACAAUGAUUUUACUUGUGCUAGCAAAAUAUCGAUCUUUCAUAUAAUUUUGAAACAAAAUAUUAUAAACAGAGACCUUUAAUUUUUUGUGCUAAAUGCUGAUGCAUUUUUGUGAAUUUCCAAGAUAAAUAUAAACAUAAAAAUGCGCCUAGUAUAAGUAAUAUAUUCUAUUGUCAAUAAUGUUACAUGUAAAAGUAGUAUUAUUAUAGAUACCAACUAAAAAUAAAUAAAGAGAAAAUCUCGAUGUUAUUU